AUGUUGUCAGCGGAAUACGGAGUCGGUAAGGCCCCUGCGCUGCUUCUUAAACUGCUUCUUCCUUGGCUGCUCCCAAAAGUUUCGAUUGCUUAUACUUCCACUGAUCUUCUUGUGAGGCCGUACAACUGGUAUUGGCUAUCAUUCGUUGGAGAUGUGAUGCAGCCGGGCUCUCAGUCUUCUGAGAUGCAGGUCAUUCGUUAA